UCAUGUUCAAUCUCUUUCAUUGAGAAGAGUGUCUCAAUGUUAUUGGCCUGGCAAACCGGCAUUGUCAAGGUUCUUGAAGACAGUCAGGUAUCUCCACCGCCCGGGUUAGUUCAGACUACCACCGUCCCUCUCACUUUCUUUGACAUCUAUUGGAUCAAUUGUUGCCCCGUUCAAUUCCUCUUCUUCUUUGAAAUACCUUACCCUACCUUGCAUUUCACACAAACAACUCUUCCCAAUCUCAAAACCUCCCUCUCUCUUGCCCUGAAACAUUUCUUCCCUUUGGCUGGUAGUAUUAUAUUCCCUUCACCUCCUCAACAACCCUAUAUCCUCUACAGCGAGGGUGACUUUGUCCCGUCCAUCGUAGCUGAAUCCACGGCCGACUUUAGCCAUCUUGUAGGAAAUCAUGAAGGAACUGUAGGAGAAUUGCAAGCGUUAGUGAGGGGAUUACCUCGAAGUCCUGUUAGUAAAGGGUGCAAACAGCAGCCUGCCAUGGCCAUUCAGGUGACUGUGUUUCCAAACUCAGGCAUCUCCAUUGGCAUCACGUUCAGCCAUAUGGUGGUGGAUGGCAGAGUAUUUACUCAUUUCAUGAAAUCAUGGACGGUAAUUUGCAAGUCGAAAAGCGACCUGAUUUCUCAGGGAGAGUCCCUUCCUAUUUACAACAGGGAUUUAAUCAGUGAUCCAGGUGGGAUUGCUUCAAUAUUUAUGAAGGACGCGUCGGAAUGGGAGGAUUUGAGCAGCAUUCCCCUGCAGAAGCUAAGGAUUACGACCGUAAUUAAUCGAUCCCAAAUCGAAAUUUUGAAGAAUUGGGUAAAACGAAAGAGCACGGAAGAGAGUCCGUUGAACCCAUUAAGAAUAUCAACGUUCAUUGUGACCUGCGCUUACAUGUGGGUUUGUUUGAUCAAAUCACAACAAACUGAAAUGGAUGACAAUACCGACCAUAAUGUCUCCCACUUUGUUUUUGCGGCGGAUUUGAGUGACCGUCUAAAAAUACCUGCAACUUACUUCGGAAACUGCCUGGAACCGCUAUUUGCAGAAGCAAAGAAAGGUGAGCUGUUAGGGGAAACUGGGAUUUUGGUGGCAGCAAAGCCUGUUGGAAGAGAAAUUAUGGAACUGGAGAGGGAAGCAUUGAGAGGAGCGGAGAGGUGGGUAUUGAGGGCGAAGGAAAUAUCCCAGUCAGGUGGCCACCAAGUUAACGUUGCAGGGUCGCCGAAGUUGCGUUGGUACGAAUUGGAUUUUGGGUGGGGGAGGACGAAGAAGACGGAGGUAGGUGAUAUUGGUUCUGAUGGAUUGAUAUCAAUUGUGGAAAGUCGAGAUGAAGAAGGAGGGAUUGAGUUCGGGAUUGAGUUCGGGCUAGCUCUUUCUAAGGAUGAAUCGGAGAGGUUCAGUGCUGCUUUUAAGGAAGGCUUGUUGACGCUCUCUUGAUCGAGAUGAAUACAAUUAGAGUAAAUAU